AUGCAGACAUGGGAGGUGGAUACACUGCCAGUCAAGCACCCAGAGCUCUUCGAGGCCCGCGGCAUUGCGCAGCCCAAGGGCGUGCUGCUGUACGGCCCCCCGGGCACAGGGAAGACCCUGCUGGCCAGAGCUGUGGCCCACCACACCGACUGCACCUUUAUCAGGGUGUCUGGCUCAGAGCUAGUGCAGAAGUUCAUUGGAGAGGGUGCCCGCAUGGUGCGUGAGCUGUUCGUCAUGGCCCGUGAGCACGCGCCCUCCAUCAUCUUCAUGGACGAGAUUGACUCGAUCGGCUCGUCACGUCUGGAGGGGGGCAGCGGAGGCGACAGUGAGGUGCAGAGGACCAUGCUGGAGCUGCUGAACCAGCUGGAUGGCUUCGAGGCCACCAAGAACAUCAAGGUCAUCAUGGCCACCAACCGUAUUGACAUCCUGGACUCUGCCCUGCUCCGGCCCGGCCGCAUCGACAGGAAAAUAGAGUUCCCCCCUCCCAAUGAAGAGGCCCGUUUGGACAUCCUGAAGAUCCACUCAAGGAAGAUGAACCUGACGCGUGGUAUUAACCUGAGGAAGAUAGCAGAGCUGAUGCCAGGAGCAUCCGGGGCUGAGGUUAAGGGUGUGUGCACAGAGUCAGGGAUGUAUGCCCUCAGGGAGAGGAGAGUGCACGUCAACCAGGAGGACUUUGAGAUGGCUGUUGCCAAGGUGAUGCAGAAGGACAGCGAGAAGAACAUGUCCAUCAAGAAACUCUGGAAGUAGACCUUUGGGAUUUUUUUGACCCCAACGCAGAUAUUUACCCGCAAAGUCACAUAUGUAUAUUUUUCCUCUUUUGUUUAGGGUUGGUUUAUAAUUGUUACCUAAAGUUCAUUCUAAAAUAAAUGGUCUCCCCACUGAGAAACA